UCGCAGCUCCCAAAAGAACAAUCCGCGCUUCUUCCUUCUCUCUUUUUUUUUUUUUAUAUCUUCCUGGGAUUCGCCAUUUCUACCGAGCCGCCCAACUCCUGGACACUGUACACAGACCUCACUACUCAGCUACCAUUUAUUUCUCCUCUCAUUCCAAGUUCUCUCUCUACUCCAGACCGGCGUCUUCUUCUCGGUCACCACCAAGAAAAAAACUGCCUGCUUCCUUGUUUCGCAAUUCGUACGUAUCCUCAUUCCCUUUCUUUCUACUGAAGUGGUUUCUGUCCUUGUUUUGCUGCCAAUACUAGUGUUCGUGCGUCUGAUUGUGGCUGUGGUCGUUGGGGGGGGGGGGGGGGUGGGUGGGAAAAAAAUCUGCAGAAGGAAUCGUUUUUUUGUUGUUGUUGUGUGUGGGUAAGUUGAAUUUGCGAGUUCGAGUGAGGUUGAAGCUUUUGUGAAAAAUUGAUUGUCCCCGCGAUUUUGAUUUGUAUGUGGAGUUAAUAGCAUUGAAUUUCCAAGUGGGUUUCGUCUGGGUCUCUUGAUUUUCCUUUUUCUAUGUGUAGUUGGACGUUUUCCUACAGAACCUUGUGUGACACUCAACCCGAUUUGAUUUCCCCAUUUCAAUCAGUUGGGUUUCCCUGGUUAAGUAGAAGAAAGUACAUGGUGGGUUCUCUUUGGAAGUGAAUUUGCGCAAUUUGAUAUUCUCCCUUGAGAAUUACUCUUGUGUAUGUGAAAGAUACAGUAGGAAUGGACUCCUGUUAUUGUUGGGAAAAGAUACUUGUAGUCUUGAAGAAGUGAAUGGUCAUGGACCGAUAAAGAAAUUAGGAAGCUUUAGAUUUGUAACAUGGUUUUGAAAGUCCGGUGCUGAAAAGACUCUUUUGCUAACCUCAUUCCCAUUUUGUUUGAAAUCGAUUGAUUGACUUUGUUGUCUUCUCGGAAUGUUCUUGGGUAAAAUCUGACUCUGCUUGCUACCUGUUUGUUUAAUUUCUCCAGAGAAUGGAAUCUCUACCUGAUGCCAUUGUCCAAUCCAUCUUCUCAUACAUGAACAAUGCUAAGGAUGUAGCAAUUUGCAAUUCGGUAUCAAAGAGCUGGAAGGACUCAUUGUGUUACAUCAGAAGCCUCUAUUUCCCUCGAAGCUCUUUCGAUAACUACAAUGGUGUUGACCAUCCUGAUACUAUCGUUUGGAGAAUGGUGGCUGCUGUUGUUCAUCUGGAAGAGCUUGUUGUAUACAGCCCAUUUACCAGCGAAGGCCUGGCCUCUUGGCUGUUGCGUGCUGGGUCAUCACUCAGGCAGCUUGAGCUUAGAAUGGAUAACAUUGCUGAGUACCAACAAGGUUGCAGUGAGGCCCUGACUUCCAAGGUGGAUUGCCUUGGUUAUGCCAGGAACCUUGAGUCCCUCAAGCUUUGGGGUGUCCUCAUGAUGAAUGCCCCCAAGUGGGAUGUCUUUCCAAAGCUUCAGAACCUUGAAGUGGUUGGAGCUAGGUUGGAGGAUUCUGCAUUGUCCUCUGCACUCCAGGCAUGCCCUAAUUUGAAAACAUUGGUCCUCCUUGGCUGUGAAGGCAGCAGGAACGUGUCUAUUGACUUGCCCCAUUUGCAGCAGUGCAAGCUUGACUUUUAUGGCGUGGGGAACUGCUCAAUCACCUUGAAUUCGCCCAAAGUUGAGGUGCUUGAGAUACAAGGCUGUAGUUGGAUUAGGGUUCGUGAGACCAAAUGCUUGAAGAAUCUUACCAUCUCCAACAGUGCAGGGAGAGUAUACAUGGUUGACUUUGGCAAACUCACGGCGCUUGAGUCCUUAGCUAUGAGAGGGAUCCAGUGGUGUUGGGAUGCCGUCAGAAAAAUGCUUGAAUGUGCAAGCGAGGUGAAACAGUUGUUCAUGAAGGUUGAGUUCACUGGGGACUUUGAUUCCCUUGAUCCUUUCCCGGAGGUUGAUCUUGUCGAUUUCUUCAAUAGCCACCCAAAGCUGCAAAAGUUUGAUAUCCAUGGAGCCAUGUUUGCAUCUCUUUGUCACAAGAAUAGUCUGAGAAAUCUCAACUCUAGAUUUGUAAUUCCUUCACUGGAGGAAGUGGUGGUGACAGUGAGGUCCCCAUUGAAAGCUGAACAAAAGAUCAAUACUCUGGAGUCGCUGUUGAAGUACGGGAAGAACAUGAAGACAAUGGCGAUUAGGAUCCUUCAGAUGAAGAGCAGCCAUAGUUGUGCAGAUGAUUUCUUUGAUGAUAUUUGCAGGUUUCAACGACUAAAUCGCAAGAUAGUUAGAAUAGAAUGAUUCAUUCCCAUUUGUUUAGUCUGAUUAAAAUCGUUCAUUGAGAGGGGGUGUCUUCAUCAUUUCUACCCUUUUAUCUUACUUUUAGAUUCACCAGAUUAGAACAGUUUUUCCCUACUGAGGGUUGAUUUUCUCUUCUGUUACUGUUUCUCAUUUCAUCAGAGACCUGGGGGUUGGAAUCACUACUACUUUGCAGUGUACUCUCUGUUGAACUAUGACAAAAUUCAGCUAGCUUUUCAGAGUAUUCUCUGAGCAAUCCAACUUGAGGAACACAAGUGGUCGAUGGCUAUGCCCAAAUGUGGAAGAAGUCGUCGAUGGCUAAAACUUACUCCUGUUAUUAAUAAGAUUAUUUAAUGACU